CUUUUUUUGUUUGAUGUGCUCAAUGGAAACUCUUCCAGUAUGAAGAGUCUGUGCUGCUUUCAUACAUUUGGUUUAGAAAAACUGAUUCCAUGGUAAAUGUAGUAAAGGCUCAACUCGCAAGGCAGGAAAAUACUCAGUAUUCCCUUCUGCUGGGUACCUCUGAUGAGUUGAUGGAUGACUAUCUAAGCACUGAAUUUGAGGAUGAACAUUUGAUACCUUUACACUGUCAAAGCAGCCGAGCAACAUGCAGUCAAAACCAUGGGAAAUUAGUAGCCCAGAAGAAGCUUCUAUUUACAUGCAUUAUUUGUUUAGUCUUCUUGAUCGGAGAACUCCUAGGUGGCUAUGUUGCUCAUAGUCUUGCUAUAAUGACCGAUGCAGCCCAUCUUCUCACUGACUUUGGCAGCAUUCUGCUAAGCCUUUUCUCUCUGUGGAUGUCAAAAAAACCUGCUUCCAAAAGCCUGACUUAUGGUUGGCACCGCUCAGAGAUUUUGGGAGGGCUUUUCUCAGUCCUGUCUAUUUGGGUAGUGACUGCUGUAUUGCUGUUUAUUGCCAUCCAGAGGAUCAUAAAUAAUGACUAUGAAAUACAUAGCAGUGCCAUGCUUAUCACCUCAGUCUGUGCUGUCUUGGUAAAUAUCUUAAUGGCAUUAAUUUUACACCAGUCCCCAGUGUCUCAUGGGCACAGCCAUGAUCACAAUAACACCAGUGUAAGAGCAGCUUUCAUUCAUGUUCUGGGAGACUUGCUGCAGAGUCUGGGUGUUCUGCUAGCUGCCAUGAUCAUCUACUUUCGGCCUGAAUGGAAAAUAGCAGAUCCUAUUUGUACAUUUUUGUUUUCCAUACUUGUUGUUGCAACAACGACGACAAUUUUGAAAGACAUUAGAGUGUUAAUGGAGGGAACACCACCAGGCAUAGAUUAUGAUUCUGUGAAAGACACCCUGCUAUCGGUCAAAGGAGUCAAAGCUACACACAGUCUUCACAUUUGGGCGCUGACCAUGACUCAGCAUCAGAUGUCUGUUCAUGCUCUCAUUGAUGAACAAACCAAUACACAUACAGCACUUCUGGAUAUGAUAAAGCUGCUCCAGACUGAAUUCAGUUUCCACAACAUCACAAUUCAGAUAGAAGAAUAUACUGAUGAAAUGGCUUCCUGCAACGAGUGCCACGACUCAAUGGACUGAACUAUUCCAGUUGAACGUCCUGGAAAGCAUGGCUUUCUCAACAUUUUCAUAAAUAUCAAACAUUGUUUCUAAUUUGCUACUUCAUGAAUACUGAGAGCAACUCUUCCCUCUAGAUUUAGUAUACACAGACCAGGUAUACCUUUAUGACCACCUCCCUAAUAUUGUUUUGGUCCCCCUUUUGCUGCAAAACAGUCCUGACCCAUCGAGCAUUAACUUAAUCAA